AUGGGGAACACCGUUAGGGCCCUCGUGGCCUUCAUCCCUGCUGACUGCUGCCAGAACUUUGUGGUUGGCAACCUCCGGGAGAUGCCACUGGACAAGAUGGUAGAUCUGAGUGGGUACCAGCUUUGCCGCUUCCCUGUGCAUGUGUGCUCCUUCAGGGAGCUGGUCAAGCUCUACCUGAGUGACAACCACCUCAACAGCCUGCCUCCAGAGCUGGGACAGCUGCAGAACCUGCAGAUCUUGGCCCUGGAUUUCAACAACUUCAAGGCUCUGCCUCAGGUGGUGUGUACCUUGAAGCAGCUCUGCAUCCUCUACCUGGGCAACAACAAGCUCUGCAACCUCCCCAGUGAGCUGAGCCUGCUUCAGAACCUCAGGACCCUGUGGAUCGAGGCCAACUGCCUCACCCACCUGCCAGAUGUGGUCUGCGAGCUGAGUCUCCUCAGGACUCUGCAUGCCGGCUCCAAUGCUCUGCGAGUGCUGCCAAGCCAGCUACAGCACCUCCGGGAGCUAAGGACCAUUUGGCUCUCAGGCAAUCUGCUGACGAACUUCCCCCCUGUGCUGCUUCACAUGCCCUUUCUGGAGGUGAUCGAUGUGGACUGGAAUAGCAUCCGUUACUUCCCCAGCCUAGUGCACCUGUCAAGUCUGAAGCUAGUCAUCUAUGACCACAAUCCUUGCAGGAAUGCACCCAAGGUGGCCAAAGGCGUGCGUCGCGUGGGCAGAUGGGCAGAGGAGACACCAGAGCCUGACCCCAGAAAAGCCAGGCGCUAUGCAUUGGUCGAGGAGGAGAGCCCAGAGCCACAGACAACUGCCCUGCCUCCUCUCCUUCCUCCUUCCACCUCCUGA